CUGUUGCCAGGGUGAGAGAGUCGGCUGUUGCAGUUCCGCCAUGGCCGGCGUGGAGGUGUUCUCUCACCCCGCGUUCCACACGCGAUACCGGGCUGGACUCUGCUCUGCCGCGGCGCUAGCGUUGCUCUUUAUCGGGGCGCUCACCUACGUACCGCCGCUGCUGGUGGCCUACCGGAGCCACGGUUUCUGGUUGAAGCAGAGCACCUACCUGGAGCAGCCUACCGUGCGGUUCCGCUACGAGGUGCUCUUCGUGGCCACCACUGGGCCCGAGCCGGGCAGCUUCUUGGCGUGGAGCACCUUCCCAGCGUUCAACCGGCUCCAGGAGGAACGGCUGCGCGUCCCCCUCUUGUCGACGAGAGAAGAAGACAAAAAUCAAGAUGGGAAAAUGGAUCAGUUGCAUUUUAAGUUGGAGCUUCCAUUACAAUCUACGGAAUAUGUAGUUGGUGUUCAGCUGAUUCUGAUCUUUUCUUACCAACUUCACAGGAUGUCAACAUUUGUGAUGCAGAGCAUGGCUUUCCUUCAGUUUUUUUCUCCUCUACCAGGGUCUCGUCUCUAUGUGAAUGGAGACCUGAAACUAAACCAGAGGCAAUUACUUAACCAUUGUGGACUGGAUACCAGAUACAAUGUGUCUGUGAUCAAUGGCACAAGUCCUUUUGCCAGUGACUAUGAUCUAACAAACAUCGUUGCAGCGUAUCAAGAUAGAAAUGAAUCAGGUGUUGAGUACAACUCCAAUAUCACCGCUUCUGCCAGUGUCUCCACUGUUGACCUACAAACCACACCAGUCCUGAAGAGAUGCUUGAAAAAGCUUCAAAGAAAUGCAGUGCAAAAAUGCAUGUCUACUUUUAUUCUGUAUACAAUUCUUUUUACUUAAGGACAGUGUAAGUAUGAUCUGCAAAUAUUUGGUUCUUUCUUUGACAGUAAUUCUUUCUUCCCACUUCCCAGCCCCCCUUUCUCUUUGUAUCCAUUCGUAUAUUUCUAAGGGAACACUGCUUUGGGAUUGCCAUUUUUAAUAUUUUGGACAGUUAAAGACCAACUGAAUACUUUCUGUAAGCGUUUCAAAAAGCUGUAGAAAUCAAUUCAGCCUUGCUUAGUCUAGCUAAAAGACAAAGACUGAA